GCCACGUCAGACACAGUGCCACGUAAGCAGUGCCACAUCAGCAGUGCCACGUCAGACACAGUGCCAUGUCAGACAGUGCCACGUCAGCAGUGCCACGUCAGCAACAUGACGGGCCUGCCAGGCCAACUGGCCAAUGAGCCCAUUGCCGACUACAAAAAGCGCAUCCAUGCUCAGCUUGCUGCAAUCGAGGCUGAGGAACAACGCCAGCUGGCAGUCAAGGCUGCCCAGCUACAGGCUGAUGAAGCGGCAACAGCAGAGAAGCUGCGGCUACAGGCCGAAGCAGACGCAGAUGCCCAGGCUUGCCGCAAGGAAGCCCAGGCUCUGCUGCAGCGGCAUGAAACCAACAGCAUCGAGAAACUCAAGUACUGGCAUUUUGAACCGAACGGCGACGAGCCAACACCGGAAGAACAGCAAAAGGAGCUCAUGGCCAAGCUUGUGAGCAGGUUGGUUUACACAUGUAACCACCUACACUCCGAGCUGACAAACCUUCAGCGGGCCGUGCGGGACCAUAAGAGUCAGCACGAGGAUGCCACACAGGCACUGGACGCCCGUGUACAGGACCUGGAACAGGCUGUACCAGGACCAGAUGAUGGAGCUUCCAGCAGUGCAUCCUCUAGCCGCCAACUGGAGGAACGCGUUGACCACGUAGUGGCAAUGCUAGGAGACAUAAGUGCCUUCACAGAGCCGGCCACCAUCAGCCAGCGGUUCGAGUUGCUGGACACUAAGAUCGGUCAGCAACAGCAGACUGACCACAGCCACAACAACAGCUCGGCGAGGCCAUACAAGAUGCCGACGUUCCGGAUCGAGAAAUUUGAUGACUACACACAUCAAGACCCGGUCGUCUGGUGGCAAGGAUUUACAACGGAGUUGGGGAUUCACGAAGUCCCUGACCAUCUGUUCAUCAGUGCUCUGUUCAUCAACACCAAGGGAGGUUGUCAGAUCUGGCUCAGCCACAUGGCAACCAUCCACGGCGUCCAGGUUUCAGACCUGUACAAGAAGGUCUCCUGGGAGGACAUGACAAAAGAAUGGAAGAAGCGGUUCAUCGUCGACGGCGCCCCGACACUCGCCGUCAACCACAUCUUCACGAUGGCUCAAGGGAGCACACCGACACGUGACAGGCUCACGGAUUGGCAGAAAAUCGUGGCGACGCCCGAUUUGGACUUGUCAUUUCCGCAUAUGCGGCGUGAGUUCUACAACAGGUCAUGCGCCGCUCUCACCCUCGCACUUGGUGAUCGCGAGCAGUACAGCACUUUCGCAGAAAUCAUCAACAAGGCAAGAGAGCUCAUCAAGACUAACAGGUCGGCUGCACACGAGAAGUCCACGUGGCAGCCAACCUAUGUGGAGAAGGUACGAACUGGUCCGCGACAGCAGCAGUUCGCUGCAGUCCAGUCGGACGAUGGAGAUAACCCAGCAGCCACUCCAGCAUCAAGUGACGGAGAUCAGGUGGCUUCUGUCCAGCCGCGAAGCAACAACAAGUCCCGCAACAAUGGGAAGGCGAAAUCCGCAUCGCAGGCAGGAAAUGGACAGCCAGUACAAGUUCCAUGGGUCAAGUUUGGCUUGACCGAGGCGGAGUACAAGAAGAGAUUUGCACUGGAACAGGAUGUUUCACGCAAACUGCUUCCCAAGUGGUUUGGACCUUGGUCAGUGACAGCAGCCGCGGGUGAUGAGCCCGAUGGCCCUUCAUUUGUGAUCAACAUUCCAGAGCAUCUGACGGUCCAUCCGGUCUUCCACGCCUCGAAGCUGGCAACAUACACGCCAGCCAAGAGCGACGACUUUCCAGACCGACGAUCGCAGGACCCUCCUUCUAUGGAUGGCCAUCAGGAAGUUGACCGCGUCAUCUCCGAUCGCAAGUACGGCAGCAAGCCGCGGCAGUACAAAGUCACAUUCAAAGCAUGCAAUCGCGACGACACUCGGUGGAUUUCAGGCGCAGAUUUGAAAGCAUCCGCACCGCUGAUCUACGCGCAUUAUGGAAAGCGGAGGUUAGCUCAGGAAGCUUCACGACCAGCCCCUCCCACCCGGACUGUGGUCCCUCCCUCAGACAGACAGCUUCACCCUCGCAGGUAAGCUCGGUUCUUCAAGGAGGGGGGAUACUGCGUAGCCACACGGGCCCUGCAGGGCCCGUCCCGGACAUUCAGCCUA